CAUGACUCUUCCCAAAUGAAUCAGACUCUCCUGUGCUUCAUCACUAUCAGUCCGUGUGUUUGUGGACAGCAGUGCGUUUCUCAGCGCUCCAGGGUGAAAUGUCUGUGAAAAACAGCUGUUUUCCUCGAUAAGGACUCUAGUUAUGGAGUUUGAAACUAAAAUAUACCCUCAGGUCGGCGGAUAUGGGCGAUACAACAGGAUCAUAACGCUUUUCAGCUGGUUUCCGAACUUUGCGGUGUCGCUGAAUCUUUUCAGCGAUGUUUUCUUCACGCUCGUCCCCGAGUCUUACCACUGCAAACCUGAUCUGGCGCUACUGCCGCUCGGAAACCUCUCCAGACAGGCGUACCUCAACCUCACCGUCCCCUGGCUGAAGGGCUCCGGGUUCAGCCGCUGCGAGCUCUACAAGUACCCGGGGAAUGUAAGCAACUUGACGGGGAAUGUGCCGCGGGACGUGGUGCCCUGCACUGGAGGAUGGGAGUACGCCAAACCCGCGGGACUCCAGAACAAUCUAGUAACCGAGUGGAACUUGGUGUGUGCCGACUACUGGAAGAUCCCGCUCCAGCACAUCUGUUUCAUGACGGGCUGGACUCUGGGAUACAUUCUGCUCGGCACUCUCUGUGACUGGUUGGGUCGUCGGUGUGCGCUGCUGCUGUCGCUGCUUCUCUCGGGGCUGCUGGGAGUCAUGGCUUGUCUUUCUAACAGUCCUUCUGUUUUCCCGUUUCUCCGCCUCUGCCAAGGCUCAAUGUUAGCCGGAGUGUUUUUGUCAUCUUACAUCGCACGACUGGAAUGGUGUGACCCGUCUCACAGACUCAUGGUGUCUAUGGUCAGUGGCUUCUUUGCGGUGUUUGCAGAGCUUUUGUUGCCGGGGCUUGCAGUGCUUUGCCGUGAUUGGCCAGUACUUCAGGCUGUCACCACACUGCCCCUGCUGCUACUGCUGUCCUAUUGGUGCUGUGCUUCAGUGUUCCCAGAAUCUCCUCGUUGGCUCUUGGCCACGUAUCAAAUUCCUCAAGCAAAGAAGUGUCUCCAGUCUUUUUCCGUACGGAAUGGGUUGUGUGUGAGUGAUGAGCUCUUCCCUGCUGAAACACUGCUCUCAGAGAUAGAUGAGGCAUUCCCUGAAGACGUCCAGCCAGAGUAUCAUCAUGUGGUAGAGUUGCGUCACACCAGAGUCAUCUGGAAAAACUGCCUCAUUCUGGGUUUCACUCUUUUCAUCGGCACAGGAAUCCAGUACUGCUUCACACGUAACCUGCACAUCUACUCGCCUCACUUCUACUUCAGCUACUUCCUGCGCGUGUUGACCGGAGCUCUGGCCUGCAUCUUCCUCUGUGUGUCUGUGGACCGCUUCGGCCGCAGGGGGAUGCUGCUGCUGUCGGCCAUCGUCACGGGUCUGUCUUCACUGCUGCUGCUGGCCCUCACUCAGUACCUGCAUGGAGGGCUGGUUCUGGUUCUGUCAGUAGUGGGUCUCCUCUCCUCUCAGGCGUUGGCCAUGCUCAGCGUGUUCUUCGGCAGUGAAGUCAUGCCCACUGUUGUGCGUGGCGGGACUCUGGGUCUGAUCAUGGCCGCCGGCUGCGUGGGAAUGGCUGCGUCGUCUCUGAUGGAGCUGCAGAAUAACGGCGGCUAUUUCCUGCAUCACGUGGUCUUCGCCUCCUUCGCUGUUCUCUCCGUCCUGUGCAUCAUGCUGCUGCCAGAGAGCAAACACAAACCGCUGCCGGACUCCCUGAAAGACGGAGAGCGGCAGCGGCGUCCUCCUCUCUUCCUCUCGCGCGUGAACCGGGACAACCCACCCCUGCUGCGCACACAACCGCACAGCUCCGAGUACAACCGGGAUAACUAUUCCCGUCUCGUCAGCGCCACCAAAAAGAUGCUCGCCAAAGAUGCCAUGCCGUUCAAGAUCUCCAUUUCGCCACAAGCACCCCUACUGGCCAGUAACGGCACUGCUCCAGACGCCCAGGAGGACUCGUCCUAGCAUUUCACCCAGGCAGUUUUAAACACACAGGUCCUCAUCUCAUAGCAUGGCCAAUGUGGUCACUGCGUCUUUUCCCAGGGAAGACGUCAUCUUGGUGCUUUAACUGUUGAAGUGUUCAGUUUUUUGUGACUUUAUACAUGUAUUUUGUUUCGGGGAACCCAAACUCUAUGCACAGAUGUUGCUGGGAGACUCUGUCCAUAGUUUAUAUGCUUAAACAUCAUGUCUCUCCUCCUUGUUUGAAUGAAGUUUAAGCUUUAGUGAUGUACCCACUAAUAGUCACUUGAGAGCCAUCGCCUGUCCACUUAGCUGACGCAUCUCAUGCCUCUCGUUAGUCUAGUCUUGUGACUAAAACUAUCCGCAUAAAAACUUUAACCUCACUGACUGGUGAUUCGCUGAGGGGUGCCGAACUGUCCGCUCAAUAUCAUAGUUUAUUCGCUCAGAGUGGAACGAUUCGCACUCAAUGAUUCAGAAUCACAGGAAGAAGUUUAUAUUGUUGGAAUGUGAAAGUGUUUGAUGAUUUGAUUUUGUGGAACCGUCUCAUUUGUACUUGGAGUUUUGUUGCAUCACAUUCCUGUCUAUCUAGUGUUUCAUCUCAGUGUCAUGAUGAUGAUGUUGUUGUUGUUGUUGUUUCUUUGUUUUCUCCAUGUGUCAAGCAGAACAACAGAACCGAGCCUGGCAAAGCAAGGGAACUGUUUUUGUCACUGUUUUUUUUUUAUUAUUAUUAUUAUUAUUUCUAUUACUUAUUUGAAAUGGAAAUAAACUUAUACCAAUCUGAA